AUUACCCAAAGAGCACCGAGCUAAGGCAGAGCCGAUUCAACGGACGGAAAACAUCUGAGGACUGUGAGGCCACAACAUGACCAGUUAUGGCUUUGUUCUUGUCCUAUUUUCCCUCUUCCACGUCUUGCUGAGUGCGGAUAUGACAGGCUUAUACGGCAGCUUCACCUCCCCCGACUUCCCGCGGCCAUACCCCGAUAACACGCGGGUGGUGUGGAACAUCAGCGUCCCACAGGGUCACGGGGUCAAACUCUACUUCACCCACUUCAGCCUGGAACCCUCCAACCUGUGCGAGUAUGACUACGUCCAGGUUUUAGCGGAAGGGAACGACACAGUGCGUUUCUGUGGAGACGAAGCGAAACACCAUGAUAGCACCCCGAGGAACACCGUCAUCCUGUCAGCCGGCAACCGCAUGUCAGUGGUCUUUAGGAGCGACUACUCUAACGAGGAGCGAUUCACCGGCUUCCAAGCAUUUUACACCUCAGAAGACAUCGACGAAUGCCGGUCCAGUGUGCACGAGGACAGAGUAUGCGACCAUUUUUGCCACAACUACAUUGGCGGGUAUUAUUGCACAUGCAGACCAGGAUAUUUGCUCCAUAGAAACAAAAGAUCUUGUACAGUACCAUGCCACAGCCAGGUGUUGACCAACCAAUCAGGAGUUCUGACCAGUCCCGGUUAUCCGAGACCGUACCCACCCAUGACUCACUGCAACCACACCAUACGUCUCCCUGAGGGCUACGAAAUAACUCUGGACUUCAUGGAGCCCUUUGACAUAGAGGGACAUCCAGAUGCCCCGUGUCCCUAUGACAUGUUAAAGAUUUCGACUGCCGGACAAGAGUACGGACCUUUCUGCGGGUCGACAUCACCGCGCCGCAUCGACACAAGAAGUGACCAAGUGAAGGUAGCAUUUAGAUCUGACUUAAGUGGAGAAAACAAAGGAUGGAAGAUCAUGUACAACAGCACUAAUGCUGCGUCCCUCAUUAUUGCAUAGUCAUACAGUAGUUACACUUUUUAUUUUAGCGUCACAUUCUAGUCAAUAUACAGUAGUACCUCAACUUACGAGCUCACUUGUAUCUCAGAUCAGCUGCACCCUUUAAAAUAAAUGUAUAUCAAUUUAAUCAGUGCAGGGGGCCCACAAAACUGCAAAAUGUGGAAAAUAUUGCGGCAUUAUGAUAUUCCAUCUAAUAUCUUUAAGAUGAUUCUGGUUCUGUAUUACGGCUAUUAGACCAGAGUGUUUUAUGACGCUAGGAUGAUAGAGCCAUUAGAAACGAAGGUCGGAGUACAACAGAGAUGCAUACAGUACAUAUCUCUGCCUAGUGGCAAUAUACUGUAUAACUCGGUGUUAGGGGAAUAUAUUCCACCCUAAAGCAGAGUAGAAGUAGUAAUGGUGCCUUUACAGAUGUGUAAGUUACCCAUGCCUUGGGCAAUAAUGCACCCCCAUACCAUCACAGAUUCUGGCUUCUGAACUUUGCAUCGAUAACAGUCUGGAUGGUUCGCUUCCCCUUUGGUCCGGAUGACACGAUGUCCAAUAUUUCCAAAAACAAUUUGAAAUAUGGACACGUCAGACCACAGAACACUUUUCCACUUUGCAUCAGUCCAUCUUAGAUGAUUUCGGGCCCAGAGAAGCCGGCGGCGUUUCUGGAUGUUGUUGAUAAAUGGCUUUCACUUUGCAUAGUAGAGCUUUAACUUGCACUUACAGACGUAGUGACCGACUGUAGUUACUGACAGUGGUUUUCUGAACUGUUCCUGUGCCCAUGUGGUGAUAUCUUUUAGAUAUUGAUGUCGGCUUUUGAUACGGUGGGGAAUGAGGGAUCGAAGGUCACGGUCAUUCAAGGUUGGUUCCUGGCCAUGCCUCUUACGAGGAGUGAUUUCUCCAGAUUCUCUGAACCUUUUGAUGAUAUUAUGGACUGUAGAUGUUGAAACCCUAAAUUUCUUGCAAUUGCACUUUGAGAAACGUUGUUCUUAAACUGUUUGACUAUUUGCUCACGGAGUUGUGGACAAAGGGGUGUGCCUCGCCCCAUCCUUUCUUGUGGAAGACUGGGCAUUUUUUGGGAAGCUGUUUUUAUAUCCAAUCAUGGCAUCCACCUGUUCCCAAUUAGCCUGCACACCUGGAGGAUGUUCCAAAUAAGUGUUUGAUGAGCAUUCCUCAACUUUAUCAGUAUUUAUUGCCACCUUUCCCAACUUCUAUGUCACGUGUUGCUGGCAUCAAAUUCCAAAGUUAAUGAUUAUUUGCCAAAAAAAACCGU